AUGGACGAGCCUCCCACGGGAAUCUGGUGCAUCAGAUGCCGUCAUCCGGUCCCGACGGAGGUCAUGAAACCUCCCCAACCGAAUGUUAUGUGUUUCGGUUGCAAGAUACAAUCUGAGGCUGAACGAUCGUCCCCGAAGGGUCGCCAGUGGAGCUGCAUCCUUAACCACUGGUUUGCUGAGGCUGAGCGUGUCCUCGACUGGUUACGGGAUGAUUACCCUUCUGAUAGACUGCUCACCACUCUCUGCACUCUCGCCCGGCACUAUAAUUACAACGACAUUGUUCCAAUGGCGAACAGUAUGGCCCUUGAGAGAAUUCGACAUAGAUCGCUCCCGGGUAUCUAUGUCCGCCACGUCGUCGAAUCCGACUUCCACGACGCUCUGCUGUUGGCCAAGAACUGGAACUUCCGACCCAUUGGAGCUGAGGCCAUCUCGACUUUGGAACUGAUGAACAUGCAUUUGUCGCUCGAUGAAUACGGCUUCAUCCAGGACAGUAAGGACCCCGCGCGAUACGCACACAGCAUGGGCGUCUGCAGAACCGGACGGGAAUGCAAGAAUUUCUUGCCCCUUCAAGACCGCAUCGUGGUCACUUACGACUAUCGACAGCGCAAGGGCUGUGACAUGAUCAUGGGUCCGCAGAAGGGACAGUCAGAUCGAUAUGGGAUUCGCUAGAAGGU